UAUUGGUCCAGGCCAUUUAUUUUCCCUUAUUUAAUGAAGUACUCGCUUAGCAUCAAACUGGCAGCCAGAGGCAGAUCCCUGCCAUGAAUAGACUAGUGGGUGAUUAUUGUCCCUUACAGCACAGACAAGCUCCACCCUAUACACAGUCCCCACAUGCCCAACGUUCCAUGGCAGGAGCCAAUCGCCAGGAGAACUAUGGUGCUUCUAAAACUACAACUCCCAGCAUGCCCGUCCAUCUCGGCCGCACGUUCGGUUCAGUGGACUGUGGGAGGUGUAUUGGUUUGUUUCUCAGACCCCUGUAUGGAGCCUACUCCCCCUCCCUCUCGGUAACCCACAGCGGGCGGCAGACAGGAGUGGCGCCCGGACACCCGCAGCAGCCAUUUUGAAUUGAGCAGACAAAGAGCGCGCGUUUCUUUGCCGGGACCCUUCUCUCCGCUUUAAACCUCGUCAUCUCACCCGGCUUGUCUCCCAGACGCUUCCCCGGCCUCCCCCUAUUUUUCUGGAUCCCUCCUGUCCUAACGACCCCGCUUGAGCCCUUCCUGCCCUCCCAAUACCGCUCGCAGCCAUUUGCCCACUCCUUAUGUAGCCAUGAGCCAGCCAAUGGGAAAUCCUCUCCGGUGUGACGUAAUUGCCCCGCCGCGCAGGCGCACAGAGCUGCUGCCCUCCUGAGUUGAGCGGCGGAGUAAAGAUGGCGGCGGGUUCGGAUCUGCUGGAUGAGGUUUUCUUCAACACGGACGUGGACGAUAAAGUGGUCAGCGAACUGGUGGGAUCCCUGGAGUCUCAACUGGCCGCCGCGGCCCACCAGCACCAUCAUCAUCACCAGCAGCAGCCCCCCGCCGAGGCCCGUAGCCAGGCCCUGGCUAACCAUGUCACCAGCCCGGGGGUAGGGGCAGCCAGUGCGGGGGGACAGCCUGAGGCCAAGAUAGGGCUCUCCCCGGAGGUGCCUAAGACGGGAGCCGCUGUCCCUGGAGUUCAAGGAGGUGUCAUUAACAGCCGACCACAAACCACAGCCCAGCCUGACGGGACUCAGUCUGCUAUACCUGAAGCACCAGGAGCUCUUAGCCAGGCUAAAGCUGGGGUUCUGGGCACCAUGGCAUCCACUCUGCCCAACCACAGUUCAGGUAAUGGUAAAAACGCCACCCUACAGACCAUGAAUGGGAGUAAUGUUGUGAUUAAUUCACAUGGACCCGGGGGUCAUGGGACCCCUUAUCAGGGGAACAGCAACCUGAUGAACAAUGGACCCGCUCCUGUCACUAAGGGUGGAGUGAACCCAGGAGCUAACACCGUUAUUCAGACUUUUCUUGGGACUACUAAUGUGGCAUCCUCUGUCAUCUCUUCCUCAUCCACAUCAACCGCUGGAGCAGCUGGGCAACAAACUGGCAUGGCGGGUGUACCCACGAGUGUAGCAUUGGUGAGACCUCUUUUGCACCAGGGUGUGCCUGCCACUCAGAAUGGGAGCAAUACUGUGAUCAAUUCCCCUUUGUCAACCCCUGCCGGAGUAUCGCUGCAAAUGAACAGUCAGCCCAGUCCUGUAAUCAAGUCGGAAUCCCCUAAAACGAUUAUCCAGCCCCCUCAGCAGAGCCAGCCUAACCCUGGCAAUAUGGUGUUAGCACAGACUAUGCAAGCAGGCCAUCCUGGUCCUGGAGGAGCUGUGUCUGCCCCUGCUACUCUUACAGCAAUGGGCAAAGCUACAGUCGGUGCCGUGCCUCUCAACUUGCCAAGGACUCCUACAGCACCAGUCGGUGGCAUCAGGGCUACAAUCGCUCCACCUAUGCUUGCUCCACGCGUGCAGCAGCCUCAGCAGAACCCAGCGAGCGUUCAGAAUUUUCAGCUUCCGCCUGGAAUGGUCCUUGUGAGGAGCGAGAAUGGCCAGCUUUUAAUGAUCCCUCAGCAAGCCUUGGCCCAUAUGCAGGCGCAAGCUCAAGCCCAAGCCCAAGCACAAGCCCAGUCGCAAUCUCAGAACACCAUGGUUCCCCGUCCUGCCACUCCAACCAGUGCCCCUCCUGUACAGAUUUCUGCAGUGCAGUCUCCAGGAGCCCCGCUCUUAGCCAGACAGGUCACACCAACUAUCAUCAAGCAAGUAACUCAAACGCCAACGACUGUGCAGCCCACCACGACACUACAGCGCCCUCCCGUUGUACAGAACCAGAUAGUGCUGGGCAGCACUGCACAAACUGCCACUUUGGGGACCGCAACUGCCGUACAGACUGGGACACCUCAGAGACCUGUGCAAGGAGCUGCUACCCCUGCCACAGCCACAACGGAAACCAUGGAAAAUGUGAAGAAAUGCAAGAAUUUUUUAUCCACGCUGAUCAAGUUAGCUUCAUCGGGUAAACAGUCCUCUGAGACCGCAGCGAAUGUGAAAGAACUAGUGCACAACCUCCUGGACGGGAAAAUUGAAGCAGAGGAUUUCACGAGUAGAUUGUACAGAGAACUGAAUUCUUCACCUCAACCUUACCUUGUGCCUUUCCUGAAGAGGAGCCUCCCUGCCUUGCGCCAGUUAACGCCGGAUGCUGCAGCCUUCAUCCAGCAGAGUCAGCAGCAGCAGCCCCACACGCAGGCCACGACGGCCCUCACUGCAGUGAUGCUGAGUAGCUCCGUGCAGCGCACUGCUGGCAAAACUACCGCUACUGUCACCAAUACAUUGCAACAGCCAGUCAUAAGCCUCACGCAAACUGCACAGUCCAAGCCGGGGCAGCCCACCCCACUGGUCAUUCAGCAGGCACAUAAGGCGGGAGCGGUGGUACGUCCCCCACAUGUGACAUUAACUCAGCCCAUGGUAGCACUUAGGCAGCCUCCAAAUCGGAUCAUGCUCACCACACAGCAGUUGCAGUUAAACCAACUACAAACAGGUGCGGUACAAACAGUUCCAGUGGCGAAGCAAGCGUUGGUACAAGGUGCAAAAACAAUGUCUGCAAUAUCCGCGCAGGCUGCGGCAGCACAGAAAAAUAAAUUAAAAGAGCCGGGGGGAGGAUCGUUCAGAGAUGACGACGAUAUUAAUGAUGUAGCUUCUAUGGCCGGUGUGAACCUCUCUGAAGAAAGUGCAAGGAUAUUGGCAACGAAUUCGGAGUUAGUGGGCACGUUAACGCGCUCCUGCAAAGACGAGACGUUUCUUCUGCCUGCACUGCUACAGAGGAGGAUAUUGGAAAUAGGUAAAAAGCACGGAAUCACAGAAAUCCAUCAGGACGUUGUCAGUUAUGUCUCCCACGCAACACAACAGCGGCUACAAAGCAUUGUAGAAAAAAUCUCUGAAACAGCGCAGCAAAAGAAUAUUUCACACAAGGACGACGAUAGGUAUGAACAAACCAGCGACGUACGGACGCAGCUCAAAUUCUUCGAGCAGCUUGAUCAUAUCGAGAAGCAGAGGAAAGAUGAGCAGGAGCGAGAGAUUCUUAUGCGGGCAGCUAAGUCUCGGUCAAGGCAGGAGGAUCCGGAACAAUUACGGCUAAAACAGAAGGCUAAAGAGAUGCAACAGCAGGAACUGGCACAAAUGAGGCAGAGAGAUGCUAAUUUAACAGCGCUAGCAGCUAUUGGCCCUCGAAAGAAGAGGAAAGUCGAAUCACCGGGCCCUGGUUCUGGUUCAGAGUCGUCCAGCACAAGUACAGCCACGGCCAGCAGUUCUGCAGGAGGGAGCAGCCGACAGUUUACAAGACAAAGGAUAACGCGAGUCAAUCUCAGGGACCUCAUAUUAUGUUUGGAGAGUGAACGAGAGACAAGCCAUUCACUAUUGCUAUACAAAGCAUUCCUUAAGUGAAACUCACAAAACUCAACACAAAAAAAAAAAAAAUGGGAAAGAUCAAGGUAUUUUUGUUCAUUUUCUGACGUUCGUUUCAAAGAGGCAACACCCAUCCCAGGACACGUUCAUUAACCGUCGGCAGGACUUCUAUUUUUGUGUUUGUUCAUCGUUUGUUGGAGAUAACCCAACCCACCGAUGCCAAUGAACCCCUCCAGAACCCUUCAGCAGUGUACCAGGUUCGCAGCAGCCAAUGAGGGAGACCUGCGAAAGACUUGUUUGUUCUGCAUCGUCCUGUUUUUCUUUUUUUAAAAUUUGAAAAAAAAUCCAAAUUAAGGAAAGAAACUGCCUUCUGCUAAAAUCCAAGCCAUAGAGAGAUUGCUCAUUGCGACGACCAACGUCUGAGCCCACCCGUGCUGCACUUGUUUUUAAAUGAUCUGUACUGAGUUAUCAGGGUUUCUUUUUAUUAUAUAUAUAUAUACAGUUUUAGCAUCCCGACAAGCUUUUUUAAGGACAAGGAAACCUAAAAUCUAUUGGGGCAGUGACGAUAUGCUAGGCACCUCCCUUAAUGAUUCUAGUUGCUCACCUUCUACCCCAGGCCAAUGCUCUUCUUCAAAAAAUGCUCCAGCCCAGGAUACUUUAUACUGGACACUAGUGAAGUGGUCCAUUCUCAAUCUGGGCCGAUCUGAGUUUGAAAAGGGAUUCAAAGAUCCAAACUGAGCUCACACCUUCAGGUGGGGUCAUUGUCUGACUCAAAGGGUCCUAGGCCCACUGGGGAUUCCGACACAGGGCCCCUAGCCACAACCCCCCUUCCGGGCCCCCUACACUGCUGUGCUCUUCUAUCAGUCAAGUUCGGGAGAGGGAAGAUCAGGAGGCAGCGGAUGGGUGCGGGUCCAGGUUGGCUUGGCCCACCCCGACGGCCCAGUCCGAUCCUGGGUGAGGUUGGUUAAGGGUAUACUAUCCUAGCAAAGUCAGUGAUUAGGAUCCCAGCUGCAGUGCACAUAAGAAAAGUUCUGUGCACUGCUGGGGGUAGGAGGCACUGCUGAGGGUAGGGGGGCACUGCUGGGGGUAGGGGUAGCCACCCUGGUAGAACAUGCAUCCUUCUAGGUCACAUGGCAGUGUGGCUCUCUGCAAGACCCAAACUGAACUCACACCUUCAGGUGGGGUCCGUGUCAGACUGGAGGGUCCUAGGCCCACUGGGGCUUCCAACACAGGGCCCCCCAGCCACAACCCCCCUCCGGACCCCCCGCACUGCUGUGCAUACAUCUUCUUUAAGUCAGGUUCGGGAAGUGGAAGAUCAGGAGGCAGCGGAUGGGUGCGGGUCUAAGUUUGCUGGGCCCACUGGGUUUUUACCCAGUGUCCCGACGGCCCAGUCCUACCCUGGGUGAGGUGGGUUAUGGGAACACUAUCCCAGCAAUGUCAGUGAUUAGGAUCCCAGCUGCAGUGCACAUAAGAAAAGAACUGUGCACUGCUGGGGUAGGGGUCACCACCCUGGUAGAACAUGGAUCCUUCUAGGUCAAAUGUCAGUGUCACUCUCUGCAUAAAGAACCCCAGGCUGGUGUGUAUUAUGAAGACAAAUAGCCCCAUCCCAGGGAAGGAGGUAAGCAGCUACAAUCACUGGGGGUGCCUGACAACAUGACACCCCCAAAUCCCCCGCCCAGUGAUCUUUUAGUUUCCUUCUCCUUCAACCCCUUCUCUGCUUGCACAAGGGGACUCCCUGAAUCAGAUUCUUUUAUUUGCAGAUGGCAUUUUAUUCUAUAUAUUGUGCACCCCGACAUCACUCCCUUUAUUUUAGCAGCAGGCGAUUUUUUUUAAUGUUUGUUUUUAUAUAUUGAUAUAUAUAUAUAUAUAUAUAUAUCUCCAAACCUCCGUUUAAGAAAAAUCUUUAUUUUCCACCAUUAAAGAAGAACCUGUGCAGGAAAUAGCGAUUCUGUUGUGCUCCUGGGACAGGCACCACACAUGGACAAACAGAGGUUUUUAUUAAAGUGUAUAUGGCAUAAAUAUAAUAUUUUAUUUGCACUGCUUUAGGUUUUAAAUAUUUUUGUUUUUUUCUACCGAGAUGAGUGCUUACCCCUCCCCACCCCCCAUUCCCUCUUUAUUUGAUGGCAGAAACAAUAGAAACCCUGGUUAAAACGUGUUUUCAUAGUCACUGUAGAUAAUUUAUAUCACAUUACACACACAAUCCUACCAUAAAUUAUUAUGUAAAUCCAUAUAUUUUUUUUUUUUUUUGUUACCAACAGUAUGCAAGCUCUGGGGGCAAACCCUACCCCCCACCCCUCUCCGUCACCACAGCAGAAAUCGCCCUUCUUUGUAUCUAUUUUUUUAUUACAAAAAAACAAAACAAAAUAAAAACUAAAAUUAAAAUAUAUACUAAUUGGUUCUUUCUAUUUUCAGAGGUUACUGUAUCCAAACUGUCCAUUGGUAUAAGACUUUUAUGAGUGUAAAUAGUUUAGCUUCCCCUUUAAUAUCCGUCUCUCUCUCUCUUUGCCUUGUACACUGAGUUCUGAUCAGUAUUUUUACCCAACAGCUGUUACAUCUCUCCCGGCGUCCGUAAAACGAUCUUGUCUUUCCAUUUGGGGUUUUUUUUUUUUUUGUUUUUCAUGUAAAUUUUGCACAGUGACUUGUUCAUAUGUAAAUAUUUUACUUUCAAAAAUGAAGUUUUUAAUUGCUAUUGUUUUAUAUAGGAUUGAAAGAAAAUUAACGCCUUUAUUAAAAACGAAUUUAUCUGUA